AUGCAGCAACGUCGAGAUGAGAUCCUUGCCAAGAAAGCUAAGCUCGCCGAGCUCAAGCGGCAGAGGGAGCUCCGGCAGUCAUCAGUGAGCCGCCAGAGCAUGGGUAGCGGUAGCGAGUUGACAUCCCCGCCCCCCGGAAGAGCGGACAACCGUCGCGACAUCGAAACGCUCAUCAACAGCCUGGUGGGGGAGAGCAGGCCAAGCUCGGCCUUUACGGGAGACGUAGCUUCUCCAGCCGCGAGGCGAAGCAGGCCGAACAGCGUCCUCAGCGCCGGCGAGAUAAGCAAUGGCGCGUCGGACUUUGCCAGUGCGCAAAAUGGACAGGCGGGCUCUGCGUCCAAAGUGGCCCUCAGCACCGUGCCCUUGACCACCGUUUUCCAGUGCCCGCCCUCGCCUGUCAAGGAAGUGUUUUCUUACAGCAAAGGCGUCCAGACGGUCGACGAUCCGAAUCCCCCGACGCGUCCGAGAGCGCAGUCAACUAUAUCGGAAGCUGAUGACCUGAACGCUUCCAUCUCGACACCGAGCAAACGCCUGAGAAGGAGAGAGCGGGACCGGGAGGAGGAGCUGCGACAAAAGAUACGGGAAGAGGUUGAAGAGGAGCUGCGGGCGGCCAAGGAGCUUGUCGCUGACGGUUCUGGUUCUGGUCCGAAGUACGCCUCGUCAUCGUCAAACUAUCCAUCCAGAGACCUCACCGCCGAAGAGCUCGAGGCCGUCACUCGGUCGGAGGAGUUUGUUGACUUCUUGGAGCAAUCGACGAAAGUCAUAGAGCGUGCGAUUGAUCAAGAAACGUACGACAUCCUCAUCGACUACUCUUUGCACGGGAAAGAUCAGGACGACGAAGACGAGGAGAGCGGCAACACGGGAGGCCGAGGAACGCGCAGAAUCAAGGAAGUGGCCCAGUUCUACGAUGGCCGGUGGUCCAAGAAGCGAAUGAUCAGCAGCAUCGACUUUUCGCCCAAGUUCAGCGAGCUUCUGCUAGCCUCGUACACGAAGAACCCUACGGCGCCGCACGAACCGGAUGGUCUCGUGCAAGUCUGGAACACGCACAUGCACGACCGGCCGGAAUACGUCUUCACGGCACAAUCGGAUAUCCUCACGGCCAAAUUUUCCCCCUUCCAUCCAAACCUGAUCAUUGGCGGCUCCUACAGCGGCCAGGUCUUGCUCUGGGACACACGAGCCAAGGCAACGCCGGUGCAAAAAACACCGUUGACAGGCUACGGCCACGCUCACCCGAUCUACUCGGUAGAUAUUGUUGGCACGCAGAACGCGAACAACGUCAUAUCGUGCUCGACCGACGGCGUCGUAUGCGGCUGGAGCAUGGAUGUCUUUGCGCAGCCGCAGGAGCUUCUCGAGUUGAAGAACCCGUCGCAGGCGAAGAUUGCCGUGGAGCAUGUCAGCCCGACCUGCGUUUCCUUCCCUCAGUCGGAUCCGACCUUAUUUCUCGUCGGCAGCGAGGAGGGCACCAUCUUCCCCUGCCACAGGUACGAUCGUGCCGGAGCCAAGGCCGGCGUGGACAAGAAGAUCAGCUACAAGGGCCACGCCGCUCCCGUCAUGUCGGUCGACUUUCACCCGUCGAGGGGACCCGUCGAUCUCGGCGACCUGGUCAUCUCGUCGUCGCUAGACUGGAGCGUCAAGCUGUGGAAGGUGCGUGCGCCGGCGGCGACUUCGACGGUCGGCAGCGCCGACGGCAGCAUCGCGCCCCUCAUCGACUUUGUCCGCGAGGACGUCGUCUACGACGCCAAGUGGUCCCCUGUCAAGCCGAGCGUCUUCGCCCUCGUCGACGGCGCCGGCUGGCUUGAACUCUGGGACAUUGCGGUGGAGACGGAGGAGCCCGUGUCGAGGAUCUCGCCAAGCGCCCGCCAGGACGGCCGAACCAUGCUUUCCAAGAGCCUGAACAAGGUGACCUGGGAGCCAGUGGACGGGAAGCGCCUCGCGACCGGUGGCAUUGACGGCUCGCUGACCGUCUUCGAGGUCGGCAGCGGCUUGGGCGGCAGGGAGGCUUUGAAGAACGAGGAGUGGACAAACGUCAAGAAACUGGUGAACCGCGUGGAAGCGGUUGGAUUGAACGGAGCUGUGGUGGCCUAG